UUAAUUUUCUUGUGUUUCGAAUUCUUGCUAAUCUUUCCCCAUUUCCUUUACCUUUGUAGGGCAUUCGAUCUCGAGUUGAAUCCCUAAAUCUUCGUUCUUCGGUUUUGAGUUGCUUCUCCUCGUAAUCGAUUUGAGAUUUCAUAUUUCAGGGUUUUGUUCUUCUGUAAUCCAUGGGGACGGUGAAGAAGGAGUUCGCUGUACCACCGGUGGUUUUCCCCUCUGGCGGCAACCCCAAUCUUCACCAACGGGGUGUGGCGACGGCGCCAUUUCAGCCUCCUCGGUCGACCGGCUCCAGCAUUCCGUUUAUGUCCUUCGACAUCGGAUCCGCCGCCGCUGCUUCCACGUCCUCUGGCGGUAUCUAUGGAGGUCCUAUCGGUGGCGGGUCUGUCCCGGGUGGUGCUAAUUUCGAAGACGAAGAACCCCUCCUCGAUGAACUCGGGAUCCACCCGGAUCAAAUCUGGAAGAAAACCAAGUCGAUCUUGAAUCCGUUCCGGGUCAAACCCGAUGUGCACAAGGACUCGGAUUUGUCCGGACCGAUUCUCCUAUACAUGUUCUUCGGCCUCUUCCAGUUGCUCGCCGGCAAGAUCCAAUUUGGCGUGAUACUGGGAUGGAUCGUGGUUUCUUCCAUCUUCCUGUAUGUCGUGUUCAAUAUGUUGGCUGGACGAAAUGGUAAUUUGAACCUUCACACAUGUACUAGCGUAGUUGGGUACUGUAUGUUUCCUGUUGUGGUUUUUUCGGCCGUGUCUUUGUUCCUGCCGCAAGCCGGUAUAUUGAGAUCCGGAGUCGCCGGAGUUUUUGUGUUGUGGGCAACUAGGAUCUGUACGAGUCUCAUGGUUUCUCUUGCCGAUGGUGGGGAUGAGCACCGUGGGUUGAUAGCAUAUGCUUGUUUUUUGAUUUUCACUCUCUUUUCGUUGUUAGUUAUAUUUUAGUUCUAAUACUGCAACUUCAGCUUUGUGAUUAGCGUUGACAUUCUUUGCUUCUUACUGAAAAAGAAGAAGAAAACAUUCAGUACUGAUUUUUUUUGUUACUAUGUUGAUUACGUGAAAGUAGGUGAAGUCUGAUGAUUGAUGGUGGGAAGGGAAACUUGAUGCAGUAAUGGGAAGUCCAUUUCUUUUAAUUUCUUAUUUGUGCUUCUGAAUGUUCAGUUUUUCUCCACUUAA